AAUAAACAAAACAAUUUCAGUCAAUUUUCACCAAAUUUUCUGUUUCAGGCAUCUUGUUCUUCUCCAUUAAAAUUUUCAAGUGGUAUCAAAAUUUUUGUGUUUACUUAUUAUUUUAUCAAUUGUUUCAGCACCCUUAGAACUAUCAAGAUGAAUGGAAGACCAGCAGAAAGUUGGCUAAAAAAUAAAAAACUGAAACGUCUCCGAUCAGAAAGCGAAGAAAUAGAGAUGGGAAAAGAAGUCAUUCUCAGUGAAACAUUGAACAUCAGACAAUUGAUUAAUCUCUGCAAAGAAUUUCAGGAUGCACCCAAGCAUAAGAUGUCGAUUGACGAACUGCAAGAUACUUUAAGUAGGACUGCAGACAUUUAUUUACCAGAACAUGAAUUCAAACUUAUUUUCAUGAAGAUGAACUCGUCGCGGGCCGGGCGGGUGAGCUGGGACGAGCUGGUGACGCACCUGCUGCUGGAGUGCGAGGCCAGCGAGGCGCAGGCCGUGGAGCAGCGCCUGAGGCCGCCCCUGGAGGGGCAGCCCCGCCUGCUGCCGAGCCACCACCAGCGGCCCGUGCUGCGCCUGGCCUUCCAGCCCACCCGGCUGCAGGAUCGCACUAUCGACUUUAAGAACGGCAAGUACAUGACCAUCAGCUCUGACGGUUUGAUCAACUACUGGUCCAUAGACAUGAAGAGAGAAAGGACAGUUCAUUCAGUUUCCCCCUCGCUGCGGUUCCACACCACGUGGGUCACGGACCUGGCGUGCCUGCCCGACGUGAACGUGGUGUGCGUCAGCUCGACGGAGCGCGACCUCAGGUUCUACAACAUCAUCGCCAAGCAGUUCCAGCUGCACCUGCAGAUCAUAAAUAUGAGGUACGCAGUUGUCUGCAUGCACUACCACUUCAACAAGGACAUUGACAAGAAGUCCAGAUUACUUCUAGGAGACACCGCUGGGAAUGUCAUGAUACUCUCAUUCACCUCCAUGUUCCGCGGGCCGUUUCGCCACGCACUUGGUGAAGAACUGAUUCGCUUCCGCUACGAUCAGCUUCUUCAGGAGCCGUCCUUGUUCGGCAUGGAGGUGAGCGAGUUCCCGAGAGUCCACCACAACUGGGUGUCCCAGGUCUCCUUCUACCCUCUCCUCAACUCGUUCGUCUCGUGCGCCGUCAACUCGGAGAACGCGCUCUGCGUGUGUGACGAGUCAGCCUCGAAGCCACCGUAUGUGUACCGCGUCGCGAGCGGAGUGUCGUGCUUCACGUUCUCCGAGGAGAACCACACGCUGGUGACGGGCAGCCCCGACUGCAUCGUGCGAGUGUGGAACGUGUUCGUGCCGGCCAAGCCGGGCAGCCACCUGCACGGCCACCACGCCCCCGUGUGCAGCGUCAUGCUGCUGGAGAGCGACCGUGUCGUGCUGUCCCUGGACAGGGCGCGCUCCGUCAAGGCCUGGGACCUGGCCGCGCAGACCUGCAUGCAGACGUACAACCUGCUGCCGGCGGAGCUGAGCCGGGGCGAGCCCCUGUGCACGCUCCACAACGCAGAGACGGGCCAGCUGGUGGUGGGCAGCCUCAUGGUGGCCGUGCUGACGUGCGGCCAGCAGGCCGACCGCUCGCAGCUCGUCGAGUUCACGCACUCGGCGCCCGUCACCGUCGCGCUCUACAACCCCCUCUUCAAGUGUGUGGUCACCGCGGGCAUGGACUCGUGCAUCGCCGUGUGGGACCCCAGGACCAACCGGCGGAAGCUGCUGGUGGACCACGCCCACACGUACGUGCUGUACGGCGAGCGGAGGGCGGUGGAGAUCACGGCAGCGGCCUUCGACCCGGGCCUCCAGGCGCUCAUCACGGGGGCCAAGGACGGCUCGCUGCGGCUGUGGAACUUCAACACCGGGGUGUGCUUCGCCAGCCUGGCCAACGAGAGCGGCCAGAGGGUGACGGGCAUCAUCUGGCUGCGGUCGCGGAUCCUGGCCAUGGGCUGGGACCGGCGCGUCUCGGAGUUCGAGGACAGCGCGUGGGUGACGCGCGGCAAGACGUGGGCGCGCAGGCACGCCGGGGACGUGCUGUGUGCCGCCGUGAGCCCCCCGCAGGCGCUGGCCACGGCCUCCUGCUCCGGGGAGCUGGUGCUGUGGGCGCUGGAGACGGGCCAGGCGUACCGGCGGCACAGCGUCGCUAACCCCGCGCCCGCGAUGCAAAUCUAUAAUAUUAUUGCACUUAUAUUUAUUCAGGGGCGAAAGGUGGUUUUCAACAACCAACAUUUUUGGGGCAGCUCUGGCUCAGAGGCGAGGCUGGGCGACGCCACGGACGACUCCCGCGCGUCGGAGGCGGGCGUGAUGUCGAGGCAGAUGGCCGUGUACGCCUUGCUGUUCCUGAGGACACGGCCCAUGCAGGUCGACACGGGCACGCUGCUCGUGGCCGUGGGCAGCGGCGCGGUGCAGGUGUGGUCGCACCACAUCGGCGGGGGGUACCUGGGCCAGUUCUCGGCCAUCCACACGGAGGGAGACUGGGUCAUGACGAUGACGACAGACCCCAAGAACAAGUACCUCUUCACAGGCCACGUGGUGGGCUACAUCAAGGUGUGGCUGGUGCAGAACUACAUGCAGCCCAACACGGAGCACACCAAGGUGUGCAUGCCGCUGCUGCGCCUGCAGUUCCCCUUCCUGCUAAGGGACCGCAUCACCGGGCGCGCCAAGCGGGCCGUGAGGGGCCAGCCGCUCCCGGCGCUGCUGUCGUCCCACCGCGCCCACCUGGCCUGCGUCAACCACCUGGAGUUCCUCCCGCAGGCCGGCAUCCUCAUCAGUGCCAGCUCGGACCACACGGUGCGGCUGUGGACGCUGGGCGGGCUCUACGUGGGCACGCUGGGCUCCAAGGAGCCGUGGCCGGGCUCGCUGCUGGAGGAGGACAUCACCGAGACCCGCAUCCCGCCCGACCUCAGCUUGGUCGCGUCCUCCACCACCUUGAAGGUGCUGGAAGGGGCGCGGGCGGAGGGCCGGCGGUGGCUGCUCUCGGAGGUCGCCCAGGAGGCCCGGGAGCUGCCCCCGGAGCCCGUCCCGGGCGUGCACGGCCGCCGGGCGACGCAGCCCGUCCUCGGCCGGUUCUUCAGGCUGUCCGUGCACACGCUGCCCCAGCAGCGCGUCUCCACGCACGACAUCUCCGUGUCCCCGGUGGUUGUGUACAGGAAUUUGAAGAGUUACAAACUCGAUGAAAAUGGCAACCAAAAUUUGCUUUUGAAGACGGACAAUGAUAGCUGAGUACCAGGAAACAACAGGACAAUGGACCAGGGAUGCAGCAGCAACGGAUGUGCGUGUCUUGGUGAAGAGCAGGCAUCCUGGCUCUUUGGACAGACUCCAACUAGGGAGAGCCAUGAUGCCAGUCGUGUAAAAUCUCCGUCACCAGCAAGACUUGAACAACACCGUAGCAAAUGUCUAAAUGAACCGGCAGAAGCUGAUGUAAUACAUUUCGACAGUAAAACCAAAGUUUGUUUGAUGCAGAUAAUAUACAAAAUCUUAAUAAACUCAAGAACCUUUG